CUCCACCUCCCUCUGCCUUAGAAUCAAGCUUUGUUGAGACUUCUGUGAGAGAACGCAUGAGAGAGAAACUGAAAGCAGCACGGUCAAAAACAGAAAAUGCUCUACAGCAGGAAGCCUCAGGCUCUCGUCCGCGAUCCCUGAAAAAACUUGGAGCGAGGAAGGCACAGAUUAGACUGGAUAAUGAGAUUGGUGAAGGUGAAUCAAGUGUUAUGCAAGAGAAUGAAAGCAAAGUAUCUGCAAGAGUGAAGUUUCAUGAUUCUGUCAGAAAAGUCAAACAACGGCUACAGGUGAGGAAAAUAGGUCUGUUUCCCCUUUCUCCAUGCCAUCCUUCAUUUUCUACAUGCCUAUGCUAUCUUCUCUUAUUUCACUUCCCCAUUGUAAACUAAACAGCUAUAAACUUUGUAGCCCAAAGGCUUCUUUCUUGGUUAAUAACUUCUCAGAUCCCUUCAGUAUAUAGGGGAAGCUUUGGGCUGAAAUGGUACAUGUAAAUGGUAAUAUUAUAACUGCACAUGUUAAAUGUCAGGCAGCCUUUUCACACCAUGGUUCUCUGGAAGGAGGAGAUAUUAUAUUGUUCAGUGCUCUGCUCACCAGCAACACAGAACUCCUUUCUUUGGUAGGGCUGGUUGUCGUUAAGGUCAGUUUGUGAGUAUGGUUGUGGCAACGAUGCCACAGUUGUAAAUGUAAAUGUAAAACAAAGUUGUAAAUCUAGUUUAUGACAUCACGUAACAGCAUGUAACAGGAUUCUGACUAGAAUGUGUGUGUUUUUUUUCCCUUUCAGCCUGAUUUUAUCACCAUACACAUGUUUACACUGAAUUGUCUUUACAGUUAUAAUGCCCAUCCUCUCAGUUUAGAGAGAGGCUUUUGAAGUGUUAACUAUCUGUUUUUAUUCUAGCCAUUCUACUGCUUACCCCUAUUUCCAGGUCAUUCAUGAGCAAGUUGAAAAGCAUUGGCCCCAACAGUGAUUCCUAGGGGUCUGUGUUUACAUUUAUCCAUUGUAAGACUAACCAUUUUUCCUUCCAUAAUCUCUGCUUCUUUAACCAUUUACCUGACAAUUACACAAUUUCUUUUUGAUUCCACAACUCUUACGUUUGCUCAGGAGUCUUUAGACAUUGGGAAAGUGAAGCCAGGAUUUAUUCCAAAUUUGAC